AUCUGAAGACAAAUCUGCGACUCGCAACAGAGCUGGUGAAGCCGCUUUGCAACGGAUGGAGAUCCGGGCUAGGGACGCAGUCAUUUGGAUUGAUGGCCGACGACUGGGACUACCAGAUCCGAAAAUCCGGUAGCGGAGUGCGAGGCCGACGGCGGGUUCCUCUCGAAAGGCGUCAGAGCAGCGGCCCGAUGUGCCACAUUCAGAUCUGGAUUAAAAGCUCCAGAUAUGUACCUGUCAAAACACGGGUGGUGGAAGCUACAUCCAGUGUUGCAGCAUUCGGCAUGUGUGGCUGGAGGCGGAGACCGGUUUGCGGCAGGAGGCGGGUGGCGGUUACAGCGGCAGAGGCCGCGAGUUUAGUGAUCUGGCGGGAGGCCAAGACCGGUUGGCGGCAGUGA